AUUAUAUACGUAAUAAGGAAUCCGAAGGAUAACGCAGUUUCGUACUACUACCAUCACAAGAUUGCAUGUUUUCUGGGGCCCUACACGGGAAACUUUCAAGAGUUCAUGACACUGUACAUGAGAGGGCAGCUGUUGUAUGGAUCGUGGUUUGAUCACGUGAAGAGCUUCUGGGACCAACGAGACAGCGAUCAGAUACUCUUUAUAAAAUAUGAGGACAUGAAAAGGGAUCUACGGGGAGCUGUACGGAAGAUUAUGCAUUUCAUGGACAGGGAGCUUUCGGAUGACGCCAUUGAUCAAAUAGUGCAUCACUGCAGCUUCGCGCAAAUGAAAGACAACCCAGCCGUUAACAGAUCCAAAAUCCCGAUACCAGUGUUUGAUUUGAAGGAGCACAGGUUCAUGAGAAAAGGAAUCAUCGGGGACUGGCAAAACCACUUUAAUCAAAAACAAUCAGAUGCCAUGGACGAAAUGUAUAGAGAAAAACUGGCCAGCACCGGUCUAGAGUUGCAAUGGCUGCCCGAUGAACUGCUAAAGAAUGAAAGUAGCGAAAUUGAUAGUAAUGAAAAUUAUAUAAAAGAGGUAGAUAAUGAGGGCGACAAUGGCGUGGAGGCAACGCGAUUGUAGGGACGCACACUCGCGCGUACGCACGCACGUACGCACACACGCCGGUAACAAUGUCAUAUAUAUGUGUGU